UCCCUCUUUUCUUUUCCCGUUUCCGGUGAGUGGCGUGCUCCGCGUUGAAUUUUUGCCAUUUUUUAACAAAAAUAUCUUUUAUUUCAUUGCAGUGAGGAGUAAAUACGAGAAUACAAACGGCAAAAUGUCGCUCGUCAUCCCAGAGAAGUUCCAGCACAUCCUGCGUAUCAUGAAUACGAACAUUGACGGCAAGCGCAAGGUGGGCAUCGCCAUGACCGCCAUCAAGGGAGUGGGUCGCCGCUACUCCAACAUUGUGCUGAAGAAGGCCGAUGUGGAUCUUACCAAGCGCGCCGGUGAAUGCACCGAGGAGGAGGUCGACAAGGUGGUCACCAUCAUUUCGAACCCCCUGCAGUACAAGGUGCCCAACUGGUUCCUCAACAGGCAGAAGGACAUCAUCGACGGCAAGUACUGGCAGCUGACCUCCUCCAACUUGGACUCCAAGCUGCGUGACGAUCUGGAGCGUCUGAAGAAGAUCCGCUCGCACCGCGGUCUGCGCCACUACUGGGGCCUCCGUGUCCGUGGCCAGCACACCAAGACCACCGGUCGCCGUGGUCGCACCGUGGGUGUGUCCAAGAAGAAGUAAGCUGCUACGUUCCCUGCCGGAUUUCCGAGUCUACACUUUAAUUUUUACAUCAACCUCAAAAUAAAAGAAAACACGGAAGCCGGAACGUUUUAGUGCGGAGUAAA